AUGGCCAAGGCUCCUCCACCGCCAAAACCCCCUCCUCCUCCUCCAUUUGCUCCGCCCCCAAACCCAAAUCCAGCUCCGCCACCAGUUGCCGACGCUCCAUUUGAUCCGGCCUGUGCACUGCCGCCGCCGCCACCGCCGCCGCCACCAAAGCCAUUUGAACCACUACCGAAUCCAGCGCCAAAUCCACUCCCGCUUGCCACAGCAUUCCCUCCUAUUCCUCUGCCCCUGCCUCUGCCUCUUCCCCUGCCCCUGCCCCGUCCUCUCCCCUGCUGGGCUAAGGCUACGGUUAUAAGAAGAGCAAGGACGAAAACGUGCGCCCUUUUCAUCCUGAGCGGUGUUUCAAGAAGACGCCGCUUGAUUCAGAUGUGGCAAGAGUCAGCUUAUAACAGAUGCCAAUGUUCCUUAAAAAUAUUGUUCUAG